AUGGCGGCGACUGAGGUGGCGUCGUCGGGCCCGGACGAGGCGGCCGCGGCGGCCGAGCUGAGCCGCGCGCUGGGCCGCCUGCUGCCGGGUCUGGAGGCCGAGAGCAAGCUGGGGCGGCGGCGCGCCCUGGAGGCCCUGCGCUGUGCGCUGGAGGACGAGGACGCGGCGCUGCCCGCCGCCGACCCCGCCGCCUUCCAGGGCCCCUGGGCGCGCCUGCUGCUGCCGCGCCUGCUGCGCCGCCUCGCCGACCCCGCCGAGGGCUGCCGCGCGCUGGCCGCGCACCUGCUGGCGCUGGGCCUGCGGCGCGCCGCGCGCCCCCGCGACGCCCUGCCGCACCUGCUGCCCGCGCUGGCCGCGCGCCUGGCCGGCCCGGACCCCGCGCGGCCGCCGCCGGAGCCGUGCGAGGAGCUGCGCCUGGCGCUCGUGCGGCUGCUCGGCCUGGCCGUGGAGCUGGGCGGCGCCGCGGCCGCGCCGCACCUGGACGACGCGGUGCGCGUGCUGCGCUGCACCCUGCGCGACCCCUUCGCCGCCGUGCGCCGCGAGAGCUGCGCGUGCGCCGGCGCCCUGGCGCGGGCCACGCCGGACCACUUCCACCUGCAGGCCGAGGCCCUGACCGCGCCGCUGAUGCACACCCUUACCCACCAGCACUGGAAGGUCCGCGUGGCCGCCGCCGAGGCCACGGGCACCGUGGUCCUGCUGGGCGCCAGCAAGGCCCUGGACGACGUGCUGCCCCACCUGGCCCAGCGGCUGUUCGACGACGUCCCGCAGGUGCGACAGGCAGUGACGUCAGUGGUGGGCAGCUGGCUGCUGGACCUGCGAGACCGCUACUCGUAUUUCCACAAGCUCAUCCCCUUGUUACUGUCCAGCAUCGAUGACGAAAUGCCGGAAAUCCGGCAGUCGGCCGCGGACCUCUGGGCGCAGGUUGGGCUGCAGUGGCAGCAGGAGAAUGAGGCGGACCUGAAAGAUAAACUGGACUUCGCCUCGCCGCCCCCACCCCACUUCCCCCUGCAAGAGAGCCGCCCAGUGCUGGGCUGUCGGGAGCUCGUCCGCAGGAACCUGUCCAAGGUGCUGCCCGCCAUCUGCCACGACAUCGGCGACUGGGUGGCGGGGACCCGGGUGAAGUCCGCGCAGCUGCUGGCCGUGCUGCUGCUGCACGCCGAGGACCACACCACGCAGCACCUGGAGGCGGUGCUCCGGACCCUGUGCCACGCCUGUGCCGACGAGGAGCCGGCCGUGGUCAGCAGCUGCACGCGGUCCGCAGAGCUCGUCGGCGCCUUCGUCAGCCCAGAGGUGACACUGAAGCUGCUGCUGCCCCUGCUGAAGCGGUCGCCCAGCCCCGCGGGCCUGCUGGUCCUCGCUGCCGUCAUUCGGGGCUGCCCCCGGGAAGCCCUCCGGCCGCACCUGAAGGCCCUGGCCACGGAGCUGGCCCAGCCGCACAUCUGCCAGGGCUCUGAGAGCGAUGGCUACCUGCAGAAUCUGCUGCUGUGCGUGCAGGCCCUGGUGUCCGUGUGCCGGGAGGACUGCAGGGAGUGCGGCCUGCAGCUCAUGCAGGUGCUGGUGACCGUCAUGGCCGUGCCGGGGACCUCGGGCCUCCAGGACAAGGCUGAGGAGACCCUGGCCUCGCUGGCGGCCGUGGAGAACGUGACGGGCAGCCAGGACCUCUAUCGGAAGCACCUGGGCCCCCUCCUGGAGGGGCUGACCGCCUCCCACGGCAGCUGGACCGUGCAUGUGGCCGAGCUCAUGCAGUUCUGCGUCGUCGUCACCCAGGCAGGCCCCGCUGUCGGAGAGGUGCUGCCCCAGGUGGUCCCCACGCUCAGGGCCUGCCUCCAGCCCACCCAGGACCCACAGAUGCGCCUGAAGCUCCUGUCCCUGCUGACCCAGCUGCUGCUCCGGCCGAAGGACACUGUCGACUCCCAGGGGCAGUUCCACGGCUACCUGGAGACGGUGGUAAAGGACAUCCUGGCGCCCAACCUGCAGUGGCACGCGGGAAAGACUGCCGCCGCCAUCCGCACAGCCACCGUGUCCUGCCUGUGGGCGCUGACCAGCAGCGACCUGCUGUCGGCCCAGCAGGUGGCGGCUGUGAGGGAGGCGCUGCUGCCCCAGCUUCUCACCACCCUGGAGGACGACUCCCAGAGGACACGGCUGACGUCCUGCCACAUCCUCGACACGUUUUUAAAGAGCUGCGGAGGCGCGAGCGACCCGGACACGUUCAUCAAGAUUUACCCUGAGCUCCUGAAACGCCUGGACGACGUCUCCAACGAGGUGCGGGUGGUGGCGGCCUCCACCCUGGCCACGUGGCUGAAGUGCGUGGGGAGCGCCGAGGGCCGGGCUCAGUACCAGGGCGCCGUCCAGCACCUGUACAGGGAGCUCCUUGUGCACCUGGACGACCCCGAGAGCGCCAUCCAGGACGCGGUUUUAGGUGCCCUCAAGGAGGGCAGCGGCCUGUUCCCCAGCCUCCUGGUGAGGGAGACGGAGGCCGUGGUCCACAAGCACCGCUCGACCACCUACUGCGAGCAGCUGCUGCGGCACGUGCAGGCCACGCCGGCCGCGCAGUGAUGCCUGCUGGGCCGGGAGCAGAGCCAGGCCCCUCCUCGCCCGCCCGACCCCUCAGCCCGCAGACGGCCCUGCCUCCGGCGGUGGGGCCAAGAAAGGUGGAGACAGCUGGAACCUGCUGGCCCGGGCAGCUCCUGGACAGCUGCUCGGCCGGCGCUUCCUGAAAUAGCCCCAGCAGCGUGUGUGCCCGCGUCGUGUCCACGUCCACGAGAGGCCGCGGUCAUCUGAAACGCCAGGGCCCCGCAGGCCCUGCUGCCGCCUCCGUCCCCACGUCCUGCAGAGGAGAGAAGCCCAAGUGGCUACCAGCACGUCUCCUCCAGCUCUCAGGGACGUGGGCGGUGAACGUGACGCAGCCAUGCAGCGUCCGGCAGCGCCAGGCCAGGGCGCCCGCUCCCUGCCGCCCAGCCCCAGCCACACCAAGUGCCUAAAGGAACGUUGGACGCAGGCUCGCUCUCGGGCCAACGUUCGCGUUAACACACGGGUGCUGUGUACGUUUUCUAACAGAUAUUAACAUUUACGCUUUGAU